UCUAUUUGAAAAAUAUUGUAUAGAAAUUAAUGAAAAAAAUUGGACAAUUAAACUCAGACAAAUUAUGAGUACAUAUCAGUAAAACAUUAAUUGUAAUUGACCAAAUUAUAUUAAUUAGGUGAAGUGAAGAAAAAUAUCGAACAAUGGGUGUUAGAGGUUUAACUACAUUUAUUGCAAAAAAUGCUGAUCAGUACUUUGAAGAAUUUGAACUGCACGAUUGCAAUUUAGUAAUCGAUGGGAACAAUUUAGCCGCUCAAUUGUACAAAUAUGUUUCAAGGUGCAAUUCUGGAUUCGGUGGAGACUAUGAUGUGUACCACAAAUGUGUUGUUAAGUUCUUUGAAAUGCUGAAUGCUUGCAAUAUUCGGUCUUUUGUUCUGUUUGAUGGAGCUUAUGAAACAAGAAAGAAAAAGACUGUUUAUAGUAGACUUAUAGCCAAACAACAGGCAGCUUCAAUAUUAUGCCCUGCCAAUCAAAAAUUGUUACAAAUUUUUCCUUUAAUGAUGAGAGAUGUUUUCAAAAAUGUUUUAAGGGAUAUGGGAAUAUCUUUUAUACAAUGUGAUUUUGAGGCAGAUGAUGAAAUAUCAAUUGUUGCUAGAGAAAUAUCAUGCCCUGUUUUGAGCAAUGACUCGGAUUUUUAUAUAUAUGAUGUCGAAUAUAUUCCAUUCACUUCAUUUGAUCAGAAACUCACUAUAUCUGAAAAAGGAUACACUUAUAUCUUUUGCAAAAUCUACAAAAUAGAUAAUUUUCUCAAUUAUUUUGGUGGUCUAAAAAAAGAAAUGUUACCAUUGCUAGCUACUUUAUUAGGAAAUGAUUACAUAAAUAAAAGCACAUUUAAAAACUUUUAUGCCCACCUUAAACUAGCAAAAACUAAACAAAAAAUUUCUGAUCAACAAAGAACCAUAAAUGCUUUAUUGCAAUGGUUAAGAAAUGAAACAUAUGACUCUGCUGUGGAAAAAAUAUUGAGUAGAUUGAAAUUAUCAGAACGAUCUAAAAUUUUAAAUCAAAUACUUGAAAAUGUUAAUGUAUAUGCAGACCAUAAAACCAAUGCUAGUUUACUUCUGGGAAUUAAACAAUUUAUGGUCUCGCAAAAAAACAUUGAGUUAAGCUUAUCAAAAAUCAAUGACACAGAAUUUUUAAAUUGUCUAGAAAAGCUUUAUAUGAAUAAUGGAAGAAAUUCAUAUAACGGAGAUAUGAUAUUACACAAUAUAAUGGAUGUUCCUAUAUGGUUCAGAUUUUUAUACAAUAAAGGGCUUUUUCCAAGUUUUAUUAUGGAUUUUAUAAUCAGUAAAACAGUUUACUCUAAUCCUCAAAUAGAAGAUUUGAAUUUUAAAGAUUGUAAUAGUAUUAUGUUUCCUAUUUUAGCUUAUAUUUUUAAAAUCAUUUGCCCUGGCUCAGAGGAAUUUACAUAUGUAGGCCGCAAUGAUCAUAAUCACAUUGCUAAUCAGAAGAUAAAUGUUGGUGAUUUAUUUACAAAUGUUAAGUUUUACAAAUUUGAUGUGUUGAAUAACUUUUACCCUGCGACUGAUUUGUUUAUAACAUUUUUUGAAGAAACGAUCCAAGAGCAGCCUUUUGAUAUAUUAAACUCAAUUCCCAAAAAUUUACAUUUGUAUAUCCUAUCAAUAUUUUGGUUCGGUAGAAAUAUUGAUGGACCAACAUUAUUGCCAGUUCACAUUCACAGUAUAAUUUUGUGUUUGAUUUAUUUACAAUUUAUAAAUCCUGUCAUUGAUUCAUGUAGAUCGAAUAUAAAAUUAGAAAAGAUUCUCAAUAAGCUUGAAAAUGACACAGUUGAAGCAAGAAAUUUUAAUACUGAUGAAUUCAACUCAUUAGAUUCUAUUUCAAAGAAAGAAUGCUAUAAAUGUGCUUUAAAAAUGGUAGAUUAUUUUAAAGUUGAUGAAAAACUAAAGAGCAGUAACAAAUUAUUUUCCAGAAAAACUGUACAUGUAUUUUCUAUGUUUCAAAAUGUGGUACUACAAUUAAAUGUUUUAAACUCAGUGUUAGGUCAUCCAAUGCCACAAUGUAAGAUACAUGAGCUAUAUAAUGGAACUUUUAUUUAUAAUGCUUUUAAUCAUCUAAAGUCUAGAACAAAUAUAUUGGCAUAUGUAGAACUAUUGUUAGUAGAUUCACCACUAUUAUUCAACAAUUAUAAAAUACUACUUAAUAUUAUAGGAGGAUUUUUAGAAUGCAUUUUAAAUGAUAAUAAACCCAAGAAAUCAAAAAAGAAAGGCAAGAAAACGAAAAUUCAUAUUGAGCAAAAUGAAGAACAAGUUCAAAAUAGUUGCACAGAAAGCGAUAUCAUGGAUAAUAUAAACUUUGAUACAACUAAUAAUGUAUAUUGGCUAUUGAAUAAUAUAACAGUUUAA